AUGUCAGAUUCGCAACCUUGCUCAACUCCUUCUACCCGCGGCAAGUCUGAUAGUGGAUAUAUCCCUGGAGAUGACACAUGGACCCAAUGGCGCAAUAUAUUUGCUAUCUUGACGGGACAGAUGACGGAUGAGGGAAAGGAACAGUUCCGGAUUGCACGAGAUAUCCGCAAUGAAGCCGCAGAUUGCAAGCGCUGUGAAGAUCAAAGAGACUACCUAUUACAGUACAGGGGCGAUCUUUCCAGUCACAAUAUCUAUUGCCGACGCUGUACGAGCAGAAAGGCUGGGGGUUUUGAUCCGGAAUAUGGCAUCUUACUUUGCGCGAACGAGAUGAAGGACCAAGGGCAUCUGGAGGACACAAUGGCACAUGAGAUGGUUCAUGCAUACGACCACUUGAGAUUUAAGGUGGACUGGACGGAUAAUUUGAGGCAUGCGGCUUGCACAGAGAUCCGAGCAAGCUCCCUCAGUGGUGAGUGCAGAUGGGCGCGAGAAUUCUUCAGACGUGGUCAGUGGAAAUUCACUCAGCAACAUCAGGAAUGUGUAAGAAGAAGGGCCAUCUUGUCAGUAAGAGCUAGACCUGGAUGCAAGGAUGAAGCCCAUGCGGAGAAAGUGGUCAAUGAGGUUUGGGACAGCUGUUUCAGAGACACGCGGCCCUUCGACGAGAUUUACCGUUGA